AAAAAAGGGAAAAAAAAAAUAUAUCUCUGUAUUUUAAUUGAAUAAAAGCCUAGCUAAGUCUAUCAAAAGUUUAUAGUAGGAUAAAGACUUAACUAAAUAAAUAGGGUAAAAAGAAAGAAUAAAAAAUAAGAAAAUAAAAGGAAGAUGGGAAUAGUUUUUUAGUUCAUUUGCUCCAUCUCGAUACCUAUUACAACAGGAUCUCUAUUUUUAAUAGUAGUUUAUAAUUUCCUUUUCCAAAGAGCAAUAGUUGAAUGGCAGCAAAUAAGUUAAAGUUAGAUUUUAAAUAUAGAGAAGCAGAGACUUCAUAACUAUGCCUAUCUUGACAAAGUUAUAACCGAAAUAUAGUACUAAGGGCUAUCAAGUGAUGUCACAAGUCUCUAUUCUAUGUUUAGUAAAAUAAAUUAAGGAAAAGUUCGGAUAAAUAAAAAUUAUAAGAAGUAAAUGGAAUGCCAUGUCGGGUUAUUUGAAAAGAAUUAAUGCAGCAACCCUUUAGUCUAUUAAAAAUUUAAUCAAAAUCCUAAUUAUUUAAAUCUCUGGUACCAUCGGUACAUCACAAAAUUUGAAGAUUUAAGCUAAGAAGAAUAAAAAAGAUAGAUUGAAAAUGACAUUUUCUCAUUCUACACUAAGGCUAUAGUUUACUCGAGUCGAAAAUAACUACUUCAUGUAACUUUUGCAUAUAAUGGCUAUGACACUUCGUAAAUGGUUUCUUUUCCAGCAUAAAAAUUUAAUCUUUAAAAUAUUCCUUAACUACCUAAUUGCACAGACACUGGGUUAUACACGUAUGAUCCUCGAUGUAGAUUAUGGUACGAAGAUUCUCUUUAAAAUAAUGGCUAAAUAUUCACAAUACCAUAUAAAUUUGCAUUCACAGGCGUAAUUGGAAUGACCAUAGCUUAAAGGUUUAAUAAUAAUGUAACUAACUAAUUUCUUUCUGUUCUAGGCCUAGAUUAUGACUUAUAAAAUCUAAUAGAGAACAUAUUUAAGCCCUAAGAUUUAUAUACAAAUAGCAGUUUAUUUUAGGGCUACACAAUUUUUUUCCAUCCAUUAAAUAAUACAAUAUUUUUCCACAAAGAUUGGAACAAUCUUGACAGCAUGUCAGUUACUUGGGAAGACUUAGAAUAUGGAAUACAUUUAUCUACAAGUUCUUAAUUGUAUAGAUAAAAAUAGGAUUUCAUAAAAUAAUUAGAAGACUUAAAGGAAUACAGUCAAUAAAAUAUAAAUAAUUAAUAUGAUAGUACUAACUCAAAUUAAGAUCCUUACUUCUUUUAAUUUUCAAAAGCGAACUAAAAUUAUAUUGCAAUAGUUUACCCUGUAAUAGUGAGAUAAUUAGUAAGUCCAUUUAGCCUUUAAAAACAAUCCUCAAUAGUUAUGUAUGUUGGAAGAGUUUAAAAUGAUAUAAGUGACCUUCUUUAAUCGAGUUCAUGGGAAAAAAGAAUUACAUAUUUAUGCAAUUUUUUAUAACCAUUUUUAAUUUUAGUUAUUAUAUUUGGUUGCAUCAUGCAUUAUGCAGCUGUGUUAGUUUUUAGGAUAGAAGUACCUAUAAAGCUGCUUAAGACAUUUAUUAACUAGAGAGUAGAUAAAUAUGAAAAUGUUAAAAAAGUACCUAACAAAUCGAAUUUUGAUUAAUCUGAAUGCUACAACUGCCCUACAAAUAAACCAGCAGAUCGUAAAAAAAAAUAAAUUGAUAAAAUGAAUAAUAACAAAUAUAACUAUGACAAAAACAAUUUAAUGAACACAUCUAUUAUACCUUUAAAAGGGAGAAAAUCAUCAUUAGAAAGUGGAAAUUAGCAAUCAGAAAGAUUUAUUAAACAAGUAGCACUGAGAAAAAAUACUAGCCUCAUGAUUACAUGUGAUAGAAAUAGCGAAAGCUUAAAUCAAUUAGAAAAAUAUGAAAAUGAUAAAGCUUACUAAAGUCAAUUAGUUACAAGUAAUUAAAUUCCCUAGCAAAAUUAAAUUUUUACCACAUAAAUCUAAAGUUAAAACUCCUCUCCAUAACACACUUUAAAUUAAAAAGUAAAGCAACAACAUAUCAAUCGCUACUUAAUUUAGUUAAAUAGCAACAAACUCCUUAGGAAAUCGAGUGAUUCUCAAAUAUAAAAAUACAAUUAAUAACACAUAUUUUCUCACCUUUGCCUCAAAACGAAAUAAUAUUCUCAUGGACAGUAGUGCGAGGAAUAAGAUGAAUAAUCAGAAGUAGAUAGCACCAUAAAUUAACAGUAGUAGAAUGGUAACGAUUUAAUUACUAACAAAGAAGAAAAAUCUGAAAGAAAAGAUUUACCUUCCUAGCAAAACAAUCAAGCUUUUUAAAAUUCUAUAUUCGAAUCUAACCACCCUAUUAAUAUUAUUCCUUAUCAGUAAACGCCUCGUCUUGAAAAUGAUAGAGAUGAAGAAUUUUUAGAGCUUAACAAAUAAGCUGCUAGAACUAAUAGAAGCAACUUGAAAAAGUUAAGCUUAUAUUAUAAGGAGAGUUAAUAAUAAGCAGCUAUUCCUUAAACUUAAGUUAAUCAAAUAAAUGAAUCUGAUUAGUAGAAGAAAAAUUCACCAGCUAAAAAUAGCACAUUCUCAUUUAAGUCAAAUGAUUAAAUCACUCUACAAACAAAUUAAUAACCAAUUCUAAUUGAUGAUAAUAAAAUUGCAAGCAUAACUCCACUGACUCCAAAAGAUUUUCCUGAUAACUAAAUAUCAAAGAAAUAAAGUGACUCUAUUCACUUUAGUGAAAAGACUGCUUAAAAGUUUGAGGAUGCAAUCCUACGAACUGAAAUAGAAAAACAAGUUAGUAAUUAUCUAAUCACUGACAUCGAAUAGCAAUGCUAUAAUUAGGUACCUGAAAAUAAUAUAAAUUUUCAUAGUAAUGGAGUAAGAAAGGAGGUAGUUGAAUCUAUAAAAUUUGAAUCAAAGCAAAUAAAAGGUAUUAACUUUCUCCAAAGAACAUAGCAGUUUUUGAAGCAGUAGCUAGCUUAAAUAAAAGAAAGUGCUAAAUAAUUUAAGGCAUCAAUUACUCCUAGACAGCAGCAGGGUAAAGACAUUGAAAGUAAUAAUAACAUAAAAAUUCAGUUAAAAACCAUUUAAACUCUUGAUUCUUCUGCCCAAAGAAAAAAAGAAGCUGUCUUGAAUGAAGACUUAACACCAAUUUAUAAAUAAAGUUCGUAACAACAAUAACAAUAUGAAGUUACUCUACUUUAAAAUGAGUUUGAUGUUGAAGAGUUUAUGUAGCAAUAAAACCAGGAAUUUGAUACUGUUGUUAAUUUGGAAGAUAUCUAAACCUAUUCACAUGAAAUUGAAGUCAUUGUAAAUACUUUUAAGCAUUUAUUUGGUGUGAUUCACUAUAUGGAAGAAGGGUAUGAAAGAGAAGAUUUUGCUUCCUCAUUGUUUAGCUUGAAUUAAGCAGUUACUAUUUUUAAAUAUAUAAAUAAUAUUUCUGCUGUAGGUAUGGCCUACUUUGACAUCGGUAAUCUCUACUUCGGCUAAGAGAAAUUCGAAGAGGCUAUCGAAAGAUAUAGUAUAUCUCUUUCAUGUGGAUUUUAGUAAUUUGAAGUGACGUCAAUAUCUCAUUUUAAUGAAGUUCUCUAAUCAGGAUAGCUUUGCUUCGAUUAUUACUCUCUUUAGUAGUUCUUUAAUAGACUCUAUUUUAUUUCUCUUUCUUUCAAAGAGCUUGCACUUUCCUUUCAUGAUGAUAUAUAAUUAAUUGGUAGAGAUGCAAGGAGUAAUUACUUGCUCAGAUAAGCAGUCCUACAUUUCAAAACUUGUCUCAGAGUUGGUACCUAUUUAAAGAAACACUAACAAGACUCAUUUAAACUACUAGAAAUUAUUAUUUUUAUUCAUAUUUACUUGAGUGAAAUAUUUGUCUAUUUAAAUGAAGAUAUCUUAUCUGAGUGCACUUUAAAAGAGGCUACUAGAAAUUUUGAAUAACUUAUACUUAAAAACAGAUAAAAAAACUUAUUACCAAAAGGAUGUAACUCCCCUUCUUAAAAAAGAAAAUUAUCAAUAUUGAGAACCAAUAAUCCUAAGCAAGAUUAGUAGAUAAUUGAAGAAACCUAUAUUAUUCGUACAGCUUUCUAUUAUAUUAGAGGUGUAAUCUAAAUUAAAAAGGGUUUAAUAAAAGAUGGUUGCAAUUCUUUAACAAAUUACCUCGAAAAAUCACAAACUUAACAAUACUAAAAAAAGUCUCUCUAUUUUUUAAAAAGCAUAUUCAAAAAGGAAAAUUUACCUACAUAUUUUAUAGAGAAAAGAAUUGAAAAAAUUGUACCUAUAUCUUAUGAUAUCUAUGUCCUUAUAGAUAUUUAAGAGCUAUCCUAUUCAUCAUCUUACCAUCAAAGUCUAUAGCUAAAAAUACUUUAAAGAUUUAAGCAAACUUUUGUUAAGACAGAUGAUAAAGUUUGUAUAAUUUUGUACAACUAAGAAUUUCAAGUUCUUUAACCGCUUAUGAUCUUUUAAAAUAACAAGCACUGGGAGAUUUGCUUUGAAAACAUCAAGUAAGCUCUAAAAAUCUAAAGAGAAAAGUCAGUGUCCAUAUAUUUCUAAAAUAGCUUUGAAGACUAAUCUCCUAUUUUAAUAAGAAACCAUAAUGUAAAUGGAUUAAAUUCUCCACUAGGUUUGGUCUAAGAGAAUUAAUCUUAAAGCGAUCAUCAAUAAUCCUAAUAUACCGAAUGGGAAUCGUCAAUAUUCAAAUCCCUUAAAGAGAUGUCACUUCAAGAAAUAGCAGUACCGUUCGAUGUAUCUUAAGUAAAAAGGAAAUCUAUCCUAUUUUCAUUUUAUUUCUCUUAGCACUCUCCUAUAAGCAACGAAAGCAAAUUUAUAUAAAAUUUUACAACUCUCCUUGAUACAUUCCACAAACAGCCAACCGUUAUUAAUUUCUUUAGUUCAAUAAAAUAAGAUACACCUAGUCAAAUGACAGUUUCAUAAAAAAUUGUAAGAAAUCACUAAGAAUCUUCUAAUUCUAUGUUGAUUUAAAACUAAUUUAAUACUCAAGGAUCUUUUUAAGAUCACAUGCAUCUCACAAAAAUAAAUAGAUAACCAAGAAUUUCAAUUAAUAAAAACCAUUUAAUGAAUAAUGCUUAGUAAAAACAUAGCUUUUUAAACACUCCUUCAACUUUGCAGGGCUAAAAUUUUAGAAACAGAGAAACGACAUAUGAUUUGUUUGAAUAAUAACAAUUACAAAUAUCUCCUAAGCAAGAUAACAAAGAUAUGUUUAGAAGAUAGGAAACAAUGCCCUUAAUUAGCAAUACUAAAAUUAUGUAUGAAAUACCUAAGACUAAAAUAAAAAAAUUUCAUAUAUUUACCAAGGAGCAAGAUUUGUUUACUUAUCUUUUUUAUAAAAGAACCGAAAUAUAAAACUUUUACAUUUUACAGAGAAGAUUUUUCAAAUGA